GACUGGGCACUCACCCCUGGCACCGCCAUGGGUUCCACAGCCUUCUUGCUCCUUCUCGGGCUCCUGCUUCUCUCUGCUGAGCUGGGUGUUACAGAAAAACCAGGUUUCUGUCAACGUUACCUUCCAAAGAAAGGCUGCUUGAAAGAUGCUGACUGCUACGGCCAAAGAAAAUGUUGUCCAAAUUCAUGGGGGGUAAUGAGCUGUGUAAUCCCUGGUUAUCACCUAACAUAUCAUAUAUCAACGUUCAAUCAACAGAAUAAUGUACGAACUCAAGAGGAAGGAGGUCAAAAGAAGGAAGAGAUAAUGCCAGAAAAUAUUGAUUUGGUAAUUAAAGAAUUAAAAAAUAAUAAAUCUCCAGAAUUGGAUGGGUUCACUGCAGAAUAUUACAAUGAAAUGGCGGAAGUGUUAAUCCCUGAAUUACAAAUUUUAUUUAAUAAUAUUUUUAAGGGUCAAAAAUUCCUGAGACAUGGAGAGAGACAGACAUUAUAACAAUCCUAAAAACAGGAAGAAAACCGGAUUUAGUGGAAUCAUAUUAUAGACCAAUAAGUUUAUUAAACCAAGAUUAUAAAAUUUUUGCAAAAAUCUUGUCAAAUAGAAUAAAGAAUGUACUACCGAAGAUAAUAGAGCAAGAUCAAUAUGGUUAGAGAUAGAAAUAUUAGCCAUCUGCUACGGAAUGUAUUCAAUG